GUUGCGGCAUGCUCUUGCGCUUUUCGUCCCUUCCCCACCGUUGAAACAGCUUCUGGCGCCAUACGAUUUGCGGAAAGAAGUGGCAGUCCUUACCUCUGCCUGGACGAGCUUUCUUCCCUGCUCUCCUCAUGCCGUUGUGGAAAUCCAAAUAUCUAUCGAGGAUUUGAGGAGGGUACGUUCUUGUCUCGAGCGCUCUUUCCUGAGCCGGUGCAUUUCCAGACGUUGACGUCCGUCUCUUGCCUGCUCGGUUGGAUCCACGGUGCCACAGGAACAUCGAUUCACCAUCGAAAUUUGUCCACGAUCAAGGCCCUUUCUUGGAGGUGUUACCGUGACUGA